GCGUCGUGCCGUUCGCGCUAACAUCAUGUUAAUAUUCAUUAUAAUAUUAUUAAUUUGCGUUUUUCUCAUAUACGCCACACGAAAUCACCGUUACUGGAGUCAACGAAACGUGAAACAUGAGUUCCCAGUGCCUCUGUUUGGAAAUCAUUUCGAUAAUUUAUUCGGAUACAGAAGUAUAACACAAAUUGCGAAUGAUCUAUACAACAAGUAUCCAGAGGAGAAAGUCGUUGGCUAUUAUCGAGGAAGGACACCUGAAUUGAUCGUUCGAGACCUUGAUAUCGCCAGACAUAUACUCAAUGUGGAUUUUGGAUACUUCUAUCAACGUGGUCUAGGAAGAGAUACCGAUGUCGAAACAUUAAUGAAAAAUUUAUUUCACGCGGAGGGUGAUUUAUGGAAGCUUUUGAGACAGAGGCUAACUCCUGCUUUUACAACAGCUAAACUGAAAUCAAUGUUUCCAUUAAUUGUUAAUUGUGCUGAAAAGUUACAUCUGGCAGGUGAUAAAAUCGUUGAAUCUGGUGGUGAGUGUGAUAUAAGAGAACUUAUGGCACGGUUCACAACUGAUUUCAUAGGUGCAUGUGGUUUUGGUAUCGAAAUGGAUAGUAUAAAUAAUGAAAAUUCAACGUUUAGAGCAUUAGGGGCUAAAAUGUUUUCGAGAUCAUAUCGUGAUAUUAUUUUGUUUGGCUUGUGGGAAACUAUACCUGAGAUAAGAAAAAUGAUAUACGUACAAGACGCAAGGAUAAAGAAAGUUAUCACAGAUAUUGUGACCACGAUAUUUGAACAGAGAAACUAUAAACCCAUCGGAAGGCAUGAUUUUAUUGAUUUGUUGCUGGAGUUGGCAGAUAAAGGAAUAACUGGAGAAUCAAUAGAGAAAUUUGAUGAUGAUGGCAAUCCAAAACUUGUAGAAGUUUCUAUGGAUCUGGAUGUACUUGUAGCGCAAGUAUUUGUUUUCUUUGGUGCUGGAUUUGAAACAUCAUCAUCGGCUUCUAGCUUUACACUUUAUAAACUAGCACUCAACCCUGAUAUACAAAUUAAAAUUCAGGGCGAAAUAGAUCAGGUCCUUUCAAAAUAUAAUAAUAAAUUAUGCUAUGAUGCUGUUGCCGAGUUAAAAUACUUAGACAUGGCUUUCAAGGAAGCCAUGAGACUGUUUCCGUCUUUAGGAGUACUUCAACGACAAUGCACUAGGAGAUACAAUAUACCACAGUUGGGUAUAACAAUAGACCCCGGAGUAAAAAUAAUUAUUCCAAUCGAAGCCAUUCAGACUGAUGGGAAAUAUUAUGACAAUCCAAAAGAAUUUAAGCCAGAGAGAUUUUUAAAUGAUAAAUUAAAAGGGCCAAAGUACACUUAUUUGCCAUUUGGAGAAGGACCUAGGGCUUGCAUUGGUGCUCGACUUGGCCACAUGCAGUCGCUGGCAGGCCUAGCAGCUUUGUUACAAAGAUUCACUGUGGUCCCAUCCUCACUAACGCCAACUGAAUUGCCUGUCAACCCCUGGAUGAACGUCGUACAAUCAGUAAAGGGGGGUGUACCUGUUAAACUUAAAUUACGCACACAUUGAAUAUCUCUUUAACUUUUAAAUAAUAAACCGCAAUGCAAUAA